AUGGGUUGGCUAUUUAGAGGAAGAGCCCUGCGCGUAGCGCAGGCAUUACUCAUCGUGGCACCGGCCUUCAUCGUCUUCGGUUACAACCAGUCUGGCCUGGGUCCGUUGGCUACCCUGCAGAGCUGGUCAGAGGUGUUUCCCGAAAUCGACACGAUCAAUACAGAGGGUGCUCAGCGCGCCCAGAACUCCACCGGAAAGGGUACCGUGAUCGCCGCCUUCCAGCUCGGUGCUCUGGUCGGGGCACUGUCGUGUACAUUCCUCGGCGACCAGCUCGGUCGCCGCAAGACCAUCUUCCUCGGUGCUAUCCUUACCAUAAUUGGCCAGUUGCUGCAGACUGCGGCAUAUGGCUUGCCACAAUUCAUCGUCGGUCGUGUUAUCCUCGGUCUCGGUGUUGGUCAGUUCAGUGUUGCCGUCCCCGUCUGGCAGUCUGAGUGUACGUCGGCCAGACAUCGUGGACAACACGUUGUCGUGGACGGUAUCUGUAUUUGUCUGGGUUAUGUUCUGUGCAACUGGAUUGAUUUCGGUUUGAGCAAGGUCGCCGGCUCAUUACAAUGGCGUAUCCCGCUAGCCAUCUCCUUAUUCUUCUCCGUCGUUGUCUUGUUUUCGGUCUUCUUGCUUCCCGAAUCUCCCCGCUGGCUGGUGCGAGUCGGUCGCAUUGAAGAAGCCACUGACAGUCUGUCGGUUUACAAGGGUAUACCUGAAGAUGACGAGGCCGUCCGUGUCGAAAUCGCUGGUAUCGAGACCUCGAUCGAGGCCACGGUCAACAGCGCCUCACUCAAGGAUAUCUUCAGCUUUAACAAACCCGACGAGGAGCGCCUCAUGUACCGGUUCUGUCUGUGCGUUGCGCUGCAAUUCUUCCAGCAGAUGUGCGGCGGUAACCUGAUCUCAACAUAUGUGUCAACCAUCUUCGAAGAGAACCUCAACAUGGACAGCGACCUGGCCCGCAUUCUGUCUUCAUGUGCCAUGACAUGGAAGUUCUUCUGCAGUUUCAUCUCCUUCUUCGCCAUUGACCGUCUCGGCCGCCGCAAAAUCUUCAUGAUCAGUGGAACUGGUAUGUCCGUGUGCAUGACCGUCCUCGCGAUCACGACCAGCUUCGGUGAAAACGAAAAAGCCUCCAUUGUGUCGGCCGUCUUCAUUUUCCUGUUCAACUCGUUCUACCCCGUUGGCUUCCUCGGUGGUAACUUCCUCUACUGUACCGAAGUUGCGCCCAUGCGGCUCCGUGUUGCCAUGGCCUCUGUUUCGACCGCCAACCAUUGGUUGUGGAACUUUGUCGUUGUCAUGAUCACCCCUGUCGCACUGGACACUAUCGGAUACAGGUACUAUAUUGUGUAUGCUGUCAUCUCUGCCUGCAUUCCGAUCUCAGUGUACUUGUUCUACCCCGAGACGAUGAACCGCAACUUGGAGGCUCUUAACCAUGUCUUCCGGGAUGCGCCCACUGCGUGGGACAUUGUUUCCAUGGCUCGCCACUUGCCUCAGGGUGAGGCUGCUGAGGUCGAUGCGUAUAUGCGGACCGAGGAGAAGAAGGACAUUGAGCAGAGGGAGGAUGCUUAG